GGGGAGAGGAGGAGGAGGGAGGAGGAGGAGGAGGAGGGAGGAGGAGAAGCCGGAGUAAAGUUUGUCCAAGUUUGCACAUCCCUUCGGAAACGCCAUUUUGAUUCCUCUCCUUUUCGGAGCGAGUUUGCAGCCUCUCUCUCUCUCCCUUUUCUUCUUCUUCAUCCCCCUUUUUUCAUCACCCACCGUCGGCGCCGUUCGCCGUCGUCAUCCUCAUCGCCCCCACCUCCACCUCCACCACCGCCACCACCACCACCACCAUCAUCAUCAUCAUCCUCGCCACGAUGUCUCGGCGCAAGCAGCCCAACCCCAACAAAGUGAAGCUGUGAGCAGUGGUUGCAGACACACACACAACAAACCCCGCCCCCUCCCGCCCCGCCCCCGAGACUCGAGCGAGCGAGCGUUGCUUUUCGAAAAGGACGGCAGUUAUGGAAAACGCCACAGAGGAGCUCCAGGAAGAGGGAGGAGCCAACCCGGAGGUGAGGGAGGAAGGGGCGGAGCUAAAGGAGGAGAGGACGCAACAUCACCCCAAAGGAGCCAGUAACGCAGUGAUGGAGGCGGCAAGCGGCGGAGAGACGCUACAGAACGGAGACCGAGGAGGAGGAAUCAUGGGAGCUGGAGGAGGAGGAGGAGGAGGAGGAGGAGGAGACCUCUCCUCCAUCAACGCCAUGAUGUCAGCAGUGAUGUCAGCAACAGGGACCAUCAACGGAGGAGGAGGAGGAGGAGGAGACGCAGAAGGAGGGAGCAGCGUCACCUCGGCCAACUCCUCCGCCGGACCCUCGCCAAGUCCUUCACCCAGCAAGUCCCUCACGGCCGCCAUGAGAGCUCCACCCAGCCGCAACGCACGACGCAACCAGGACACCAAAGACGACGGCUCCUCUUACAUCUGCCCGCUCUGCGACAAGAACUGCCAGACGCAGCACCAGCUGACCAUGCACAUCCGACAGCACAACGCCGACACCGGAGCCACCGACCACUCGUGCAGCAUCUGCGGGAAGUGCCUGAGCUCGGCCUCGUCGCUGGACCGACACAUGCUGGUGCACAGCGGCGAGCGGCCCUACAAGUGCACCAUCUGCUCCCAGACCUUCACCACCAACGGGAACAUGCACAGACACAUGAAGAUCCACGAGAAGGACCCGAACAGCGGCCUGCUGCCCGUCAGCCCGCCGUCGCCCACCAAGCGCCGCCGUCCGUCCGUCAAGCGGCGGCAGGGCCCCGAGGAGGAGAACGGCGAGGAGCCGCCCAGUAAGAAGGGCCUGGACGACACGGCGGGCGAGGACGCGGCGGCGGCGGUGCGCGGGUCGGAGGAGGAGCUGCUGCCCUGCCCCAUCUGCUUCAAGACCUGCAGCUCCAGGCUGGAUCUGGACGCCCACAUGGACUCCCACCCCGACACGGCGCUGAGGUGUGAUUUCUGCUGCCUGUCUUUCCGGACUCACCGCGGUCUGCUGCGCCACAAUGCGGCGGUCCAUAAGCUCCUCCCCCAGGACCCCAGCGGGCGGCCCUUCAUCCAGAACAACCCGUCCAUCCCGCCCGGCUUCAACGACCUGGCCUUCAUCGACUUCUCCUGCAAGAAGUUCUCCCACAUCGCCCAGGUCUGGUGUGAGACCAACCUGCGGCGCUGCAUCAGCAAGUUCCACCGCUUCGUGUGCGACGGCUGUGACAAGGCCUUCCCUCUGCGCUCCGCCCUGGAUCUACACAAGACCUCCCAGCAUGCCUCCUCCUCCUCCCCCGAGGAGAAGGAGGCGCAGGAGGACGGAGGAGGGGAGGAGGAGGAGGAGGCUCCGCCCCCCGAGCAGGAGGACUUCCUGCAGGCGUUCGGCCUCCAGCACGUCUCCAAGGUGAAAUCUGGACCCACGGACGACGAGAUCCACCAGGCCCACCUGGACAGCAUCAGGGUGAUCCAGGUGGAGCCGCCCUCCUCCAGCCUGCCGCAGGAGCCGGCGUCGGCCUACCUGUCGGGCGGCCUGGGCCUGACCCUGGGGGUGGGCCUGGGGGUGGGGGUGGGGAUGGGCGGCCUGGCGGCGCUCAGCAUCCCCCUGCUGGAGGCGUCGGGCUCCGCCCUGCAGGGCCUGACGCAGCGCGACGCCCUCAGCCUGCUGUCGCUGCAGCCCUUCCAGACCGGCUUCCUGCUGCAGCCCGACGGCGGCGCCGCGCCCUCCGGCGCCAAGCCGGGCGAGGCGGGCGGCGCCGGCGUCAUGGAGCUGGCCGACAUCCAGCAGAUCCUCAAGGUGGCGGCCGCGGCGCCCAAUCAGAUGGGGCUGCCGCCUCUGGCCAAAGCCCCCGGGUUCGGCGGGGGUCAAGGUGCCGUCCAGAAGGCGAUGCCUCCCCUGAAGCCCAAGCCUCCCAUCAGCCCCCGCUCCAGCCUGGCGGCGACCACGCCCCCUCCCCUGCAGAGCUCCCAGCAGGCCUCGCUGGGCUGCAUCAGCCCCAGCCUGCCGCCGCCCACCCCCUCGCUCUUCAAGACGCCGUCUUCCUCCUCCUCCUCCUCGUCCUCCUCCUCGUCCUCGGCCGGGAACGCCGAGUGCAUGGGCGACGCCCACACGCCGCUGUCCGACUCCCCGCCGGCCGCCACCACGGCGGUGCACGAGGAGGCGGGGCUUAGCGGGAGGAAGCCGGGACCCAAAGCGGGGAACGCCAACGCGGGCUCGGCGAAGGGCUCCUUCCCGUGCCGCUUCUGCGACCAGGUGUUCGCCUUCUCCGGCGUCCUGCAGGCGCACAUGCGCUUCCACCUCGGCAUCCUCCCCCACCAGUGCAACAUCUGCGACUACGUGGCGCCGGACAAGGCCACGCUCAUCCGGCACCUGCGCACGCACAGCGGCGAGCGGCCGUACGUGUGCCGCGUGUGCCACUACCCGUUCACCGUCAAGGCCAACUGCGAGCGCCACCUCAGGAAGAAGCACGCCAAGACGUCCAGGAAGGACAUCGAGAAGAACAUCAAGUACGUCACCUCCACCGUCACCGCCGCCAUCGCCGCCCCGCCCGCCACCACGCAGGAGCUGGAGGCGGCCGGCGCCGGCGCCGAGACCACCUGCCGCUUCUGCGGCGAGGACCUGAAGACGUACCGCGCCCUGCAGAUCCACCUGCGCACGCACAACGGCUGCCAGCGGAAGCCCUUCGAGUGCCGGCGCUGCGGCGCCGCCUUCCUCGCCAAGCGCAACUGCAUCCACCACCUGCUGAAGCAGCACCCCGAGGUGCAGGAGCGGGAGAUCGAGGAGCACAUCGCCACGCUGCUGCCCGCCGCCGCCGCCGCCGCCCGCUCCGCCCCGGCGGCGCUGAACGGCCUCGGCUCGCCGCCGGUGGCGGUGAAGGUGGAGGAGCCGGGCGCCGUGGGUUACCCCGCAGAGCUGGACCAGCCGCUCGACUUCUCCGCCAAGGGCCGCGGCGGCGCCGGCGCCCCGGCGGCGUCCCUGGGGGUGAAACUGGAGAGCAUGUCCCCGACCCUGGACUGCGCGGCGCCGGACCAGCCCAUCGACCUGUCCGUCCCCAGCAAGCGGCAGCGGCGGGACGCCGACGUCAAGACGGAGCACCAGCCGCCGGCGCUGGCCCCGCCCAAGGAGGAGAAGGCGGCGAGCGGCCCGCCCCCGCUGCACCCCCACCCCCAGCUGGGCUGCUACCAGCUGCCGCCCGGCUCCACCCCUCCCCCCGCCUCCCGGGCGCAGCGCCUCAAACCGCUGCUGCCCAAACCCGCCGCCGCCUCCUCGUCCUCGCCGUCCUCCGCCCUGAAGGAGCUGCCGCCGCUGGCCUCCAUCGCUCAGAUCAUCCACUCUGUGUCCGGAGCGCCCGACCUGCUGAAGAGAGACGCCGCCUCGCUGGAGGCCAGACCCCUCCCCCUCUCCACCGCCGCCUCGCACGCCGACGCCCCCGCCGACGCCUCCGGGGCCCCCGCGGCGCCUGAGCCUCAGAGCGAGGACGCCGCAGACGGAACGUCCAGGCGGAGGCCCAAGAAGAAGGCCCCCUCCCUCCCCUUGAAGGAGAAGCUGCUGGGCUCCUCCAUCGACCUGGAGUCCAGCGGCGAGUUCGCCAGCGUGGAGAAGAUGCUGGCGACCACCGACGCCAACAAGUUCAGCCCCUUCCUGCAGAGCGCCGAGCUGACGGCCAAGAGAGACGGAGGAGGUGCAGCAGGAGCGGAGGAGAAGGAGGGAGGAGUGAAGGAAGAAGGGAAAACGGCGACGGUUGCCACGGCGAUGAGCGGGACUCCGCCCAACAAAGGAAAGAAGAACGCCUACUCCAACUCGGUGCAGAAGAUGACCUGUCCCUUCUGCCCCCGGGUGUUCCCCUGGGCCAGCUCGCUGCAGAGACACAUGCUCACACACACCGGCCAGAAGCCGUUUCCCUGUCCGCGCUGCGACGCCUUCUUCUCCACCAAGUCCAACUGCGAGCGCCACCUGCUGCGCAAGCACGGCGUGACGCACCGGACGCUGCGCCGCAACGGCGCCAUCGCCAAGAAGGACGGCGAGGAGGGCUCACCCGAGAGCGCCGAGAGCCAAUCAGAGACGGAGGUCGCAGCAGACGCUCAGGAGCAACUCGGCUUCUCACCUGCGGAAUCAGGCCCCGCCCACCCCACGGAUAGCCCCGCCCCCUGUGCACCCGCCCCCUCUAGCCCCGCCCACAAAGCAAGCCCAGGAUCCAGUCCGGCUUCAGAGCCGCAGGAGGACGAGGAGCAGCAGGAGGAGCAGGAGGCGGAGACCACCGAGCAGCCCGACCAGCAGGGGGCGCCACAGGAGGGAAAACAGCCCCCACAGAGCAACAAGGUCGACAGCACAGACGACGACGACUGUCACAGCAACAAGAGUCUGGACUUGAACUUCGGCAAGAAGCUGAUCGACUUCAAGCUCUCCACCUCCUCGUCUGCCUCCGGUCAGGAGGAGCAGCCCGGCCAGCCGGCGCCGUCGUCCUCCUGCUCGCCCUCGACGCCCCCUCCCUCCGCCUCCACCCCCCCGGCAGAGAGCCCGGAGGACAAGGAGCAGGAGAAGCCCGCCUCCUCUCCCCCCUCCUCUCUGGCCAAGCCGGCCGAGUACAAACACACCUGCCGGAUUUGCCAGAAGUGCUUCCGCUACGCCACCACCCUCGCCCGCCACCUGAGGGCGCACCUCACCGAGCCUCCUGCGCCGGAGGAGGAGGAGAAGGAGAGCAAACCGGCGGAGGAGGAGGGAGAGGAGGCGGAGGCGGAGGACGGGCUCGCCAAGGGAGGUGAGAGCGAGGCGGGGGAGAGCGGGGAGUCGGAGGACGACGACGGCGAGAAGGAGAAGGAGGAGCGGAGCGACGAGGAGGCGUCGGAACCAAAGAGCAGCGAGGGAGGAGAGGCGGCGGGGGGACGGGUGGACAAGAGGAAGAAGAUCUGCAACGUCUGCGGGAAAAGAUUCUGGUCCCUGCAAGACCUGACCAGACACACCCGCUCACACACAGGCGAGCGGCCGUACCAGUGCCAGACCUGCGAGCGGACCUUCACCCUGAAGCACAGCCUGGUCCGCCACCAGAGGAUCCACCUCAAGCCCCGCGGCGCCUCCGACGACGCCAGCGAGGACGGAGACUCCUGCACCCCGACGCCCACCUCCACCUGCCCGCCCUCCGAGAACGAGAGCGACAGCGGGAGCGCCGCCAAGGACGAGGGCGAGGGUCCGCCGGACGAGCCGGGCGACGGGGAACCGAACGCAGCGGAUCCCGACCCGCCGACCGCCGUCGCCUCCGAGCCGGACGCCAAGGACAAAGAAGACGACUCUGCGGCGCCGCAGCAGACUGAUUCGAAUCCCAGCAACCAAGCUACUGACACAAAGACGACUACUGGCGCCGGCUCCGGCUCCUCAGCCAGCAACCCGGAAUCCGCCGAUUCAGACGCCUCCAAAGACCCCGCCCCCUCCUCCCGCCCCCCGCCAGAGGAGGCUCCGCCCCCCGCGGACGGCUUCAUCCAAGGGCUGCUGGAGAUUCACGCCAAACCGCCUCUGGAGCACCUGCUAGCCAACGGAGAGUCGCCUCUGGUGGGGGCGGACUGAGCCAAACGCCAGCGGAGGAGGAGAAAGACGAAAACCUCGUUUUCUUGAAGUGCCUUACUACUAGUCCUGCUUCGAAGAGAUGCUUCUUUUUUUUUUUUGCUAUAUCUUUAUCUGCAUUACGAUGGAGGACGGAUCUGAUUUUUAUAGCUUUUUAUGAUGACAAUGAUUUACUGUUUUUUUUUUUUUUUUUUUUGUGCGGGGAAUCUAUAUUUGAGCAAUAAAGAGAAUAAAGAUACAAUUUAUAGUUGUUUGAGAAUCGAUGAUCAACGUGGCGGAGGCUGCCGGACGAGCGCAGAGACCGAGUCGAGCCGUCGGCGCCUCCAUCCUUCUGUAUUUAAAUCACUGCUGCGCUGCGGGAGCAGGACGCCGGGCGGCUCGGGGACUCGAGCGAGCCACGCCUCUGGGAUGAAAGCGACGGUCGGCUCUCUCUCGCUCUCUCUCUCUUGAUCUCUGGCAGCGGUCGAAGACGAAACCUCUCUCGAUUUUUCUUUUGUAACUGGAAAACGUCUCGGAACCGAAACGCCGCCGCGCUCCGCGGACACACGAAACAAACCCCGACGGACAAGUGGAAGUCCCACACCUGAGUGAAAACCAACUCUGGAAAGGGCAGAAAAAAGUGUUUGUGUUCUCCAUGUUGGGUGUGUGUGUUUUUUUUUUUUGUUGUUGUUUUGUUUUUUAAACCAAUCACACUAUUGAUCCCUUCCUUGGACAGACGGCGCCCUCCGCGGCGCUCGGCGUGUUAAUAAUUUGUCGUUCAUAAUCAUUCUCAGUUGAUUCCAUGUGUGUGCGGAGAGGUGAGUGUUUCCUGUUUCUCUGCAUGUGUGCGAACAUCAGACUUUGAGGUGUCGGGAGGGUGAUUCUUGUGUUUUGUGGAUUUUUUUUUUUUGAUAACUGAACAAAUCAAGUUGUGUUUUUUUGUAUUUGUUGUUGUACAUGUGGAGUGAAUGCGUGUGACUCCUCCCUGUCUCUCCUCGGGGGCGGAUGAAAGUGUGCUAACGUAUGCUAACAGCACUAAAACCUGACCCGGGUUCAGUUUACCUCAACCUCUGUAUUUUAACCGCAGCCGUCGGGCGGCAGAUGCGCGACUCUGUAAAUCCAGCGUCUUCCUGAGCAGCGACACUUUGCACACCUGGUUUCCACUGUGGGCCAAAUGCGAGCUCGCCGGGGCUAACUCAGCUGCCGAGCUUCACCGUCUGCCUUGACUGAGACGGUGAACUCGUUCCCAACACGUCUUGCACAGCAGCCCAGACCGAGCCGGGUCGCGCUCGGCGGCGGCUCACAGACGGCAGACAUUGUCAUGAAAGGAUGAUCAAUCACUACCUGAUAGCUAACAUGGAGGCUAGCUAAGGUUAACCUAACCAGAGAAUUGGACAUCUACUGCAAUCAUCAAGAAGAAAACGGCCACUGCUAGCUUUGAAUGAACUUCCUGUAACAUCCAGCUGUCAAUAGGUUGGUUCACUUGAUCCAGUUAGUUUCCUGGAGUCCGCAGAAUUAACCUUUUGAACUAACCAGCAAGGGUUAAGUGGGCAGACUGGAUGAUAUGAGCGGCGUAGCAGAUAAUGACCUUAUGUUGUUCAGUGCGUUGCAGCUAGCUCUGCUGCUAGCUGGAGCUAGCUGGUUCAGAGAUGAAUUAGCAGUGUUAAAUGUGAUCAGUUCUAAUCAAUAUCGAGACUUUAGCGUGGCUGACCCUGAGCUAUCUAUAACCACAUGCUAGCUACUGUAGUUUGCCUUAAAAGUUAGCAUCUUUACAGUAUUAUGAGAGCAUGUUGAGUUAGCCCUGGACUGCUUCACUUCUUUGUCGCUAUUUUUUUUUUCUUUCUAUUUGAAGACUCGUCCCUCUUUCUAGAGCUAAAUCAGCUGUUUGGAGGCUCCACAGGCGGAGAUGUGGCUUUGAAGACAAUCAGAGAAACGGUUGGAUGAUUUGUAGACGGAGCGAGGAGCAGGGAGGAGUGGAGCAAAGGCAGGAUUAGGUUGGAGCAGGUGUGAAGGGCGAACUUCAGCUCACUUCACCCGCCUCAACAACAGAGGAGUUGUAGAUCUCAUAUCUCACCACCAGAGGGAGAGCUGUUUCCUUCACCAAGAUGAAAAUAUCUUUUUUUUUUUUUUAAUUAAAUCAAGCAACCUCAUAGCAAGUUGAACCUCAGCGGCUCAUAGCAGAACUGUGCGGCGACGCCGGCGUGUCGAGCAGCCCGACGCGCCGCGGCCGUAAACCGUCACUAACAACCUCCCAGAUUACUACUAAUGCUAACGACUAGCACAGACUAACGGCAGAGAGGAGCUACUUCAGGCGACUCUGUGAAUCUCAAAGAGCUGCGGUUUCAAACUACAGUGUCGGCACGGAAGGAGUGUGUUCAAAACAACAACGGAAAUAUGUGAAAGGAAUGAAGCUGGCAAAGUGGCGUCAUGGCUUUACCUGUGGCUGAAGAAGAAAAGUUAAAAAAAAAAAAUCUGUUUUUUAUUCUUUCAACAAGGGCAUUAUGUGAUUAAAAAGAAAAUUACUUUAAAUUUCAGUGUCUGCCACACCAAAUACUUCCGUUGGUUUCGAACUUCGGAGUUUAGAAAUGAACCAUGACUUGGCCAAGCUAAUCCAAGAAAGUUAGCCGUCUAGUUAGCAGCUAGCUUAAAACUUUGCCCAGUAACGUUUCGUGUUGAGCCACAAGAAUAAUUUGUCACAGUCAGUCAAAUUUUAAACAAAGGUUUGGAUUAAUUUAGUGGAAUUGGCCAAUUCACACUCCUGUCCUGCUUUUUGGCGGGAAAACUUAGCAAUCCUAGCUGAUGGAAAUCCUUUGCAAAAGAUGCUAAAACUUUUUUUUUUUUCUGCAGAAAAGGAACAAAUCGGACGUAAAAAUAAAUUUGAAGUGACUAAUUUUGAUAUUUUCAAAAAAUGUUUCAUGAAGAAACUUGACCUUUUUGUCUGAACUGACGUUCUGUUUCGUUAGCGCUCUCUGGCGUCCGUUAGCUCUCUGUCGACUGUGUGUGUGUGUGUGUGUGUGUGUAUGGGUGUGUGCACAGCCAUUUCUGAAUACUGGACUUCCAUUCGAAUGCACACGGACUGUUUUUAAAUGUAUUUAUUUGGAGCCCAGGCGUGUGUUAGCAUUCGCGUGCUAGCGUGUUUGGGUGUGUGUUAGCGUUAGCGUGCUAGCGUGUUUGGGUGUGUGGCGUCUGUGACGACUUGAGAAGAAGCCAUGUAUUAAAGUGAAUCAACGCUUCACGGUUUGGAUGACUAGCAAUAAGAACCCUUCUGAAUCCAAAAGCUUUAUGUAGAUCUCCUGUAUAUGAGACGGUCUGGGUCUGUUGUUUUUCUUUUCUUUUUUGUUUUUGUUUUUUCUUUAUGACAUAUAAAUGCGUAUUAAACUGUGAAAAAUCCAUGUGUUCAGUUAAAGGGUGACUUUUAGAUUAGUUUUUUUUUUUUGCAUGUUAAUCUAAUUUGUUCAGUUAUGAAUGAUUUCUCCUUUCUUCAUCACUUUUACACAUAUAUAUAAAUAUAUAAAUAUAAGAAUAUAUAUAAUCUCGCUCUCAGGGUCUUUCUCAAAUCCAUUAUUCAAAAUUCUUGGGUGUUAUUUCCUGAGUUGCUACUUGUCCUGAUGACUUUGUUUCCCCUUUAUUAAUGAUUCAGAACUGUCAAUCACUACAUUUAGCACUUGACUGUGAACUCAUCGUCCUCUUUACAUCGUGGCCUAUCACAUGAAAUUAACACACACACACACACACACACAUACAUGCUGGACCUCAAUCACAAAGCAUUAACACACAAUCAUGUGGAAACCCAGUUUCUUUCUUCUUUUCUGUGGUUGCUCUGUUUCUGCUGCCCCCUGCUGUUCGCCCCACAUGACAGCGUUUCACCAAGUCAAGAGAUGUAAGCCUGUUCUGUAUCCAACCCAGUAAGAAAAAGCAAUAAAGAUUAUAUCGAGGAAGGACUGAAUGGCUUUUUUCUCAUUUUUUGAGGAUUUUUUUAAUAUUAUAUAGCCUUACCUCAUUAAUAAAGUGGAGGUUAAUAUUUUUUUUCAUUGUUCACACCAAUGGUCUUACAAUAGCCUUACCAGGGAAUUGAAGUCAAAAUUGUUAAAAAAAAAAAAAAAGUUUUUCAAAUUUUUACUCACCGAUGGCCUUACCUUCCUAAUAAAGUGAAAAUUA